GAGGCAGAGUGGGACCCUGCAUGCACCAUGCCGGCCACCUUUCCCUGGCGCCCACCCCAACUGCACCCAUCAGCCCCCACACCAGGGCGAGGACCCAGGGCACGCCCUCCUGUCUGCGGGGCCGAAGGCCUGGCGUCCACUUGCAACCUGCCAGUGUCUGGCUGGGUGAGCCCGGAGAAGGGAGUUAGAGCAGAAGGCGCCGCUGUCUGCCUUGGCCUCCCCUGAGCACCGAGGGGUGGGUGGGGCAUGCCUGUGCUGUCUGGUGGGCACUGGCCGCUGGCCCUGAUAGCACCAGCUGCCUCAGGCGGAUAUGGCCGAGGGGAAACCAAAGGCGAGGCCAGAGCUGCCCAAAGAGGCUGUCCCAGCGGAGGGCCCCCUGCUGGCAGAAACAGGUCCCUGACAACACUGACUCCACGGGCACAUCCUCAGAUAUUCCAGGAGCCGCUGGUACUCAAUGUGGGAUCCAGGUCUAGCUCUGCCCUGGCCCCAGAUAUUCCAGGAGCCCUGCCAAGGCUGAGGGUGUCAGACCCCCAGAAGGGAACACACAGCAAGAGCAGAAGUUCCUGCCAGCUGUGCCCCACGCAGGCUCCCUGUCAGAGAAGUACGGGAAGUGAGGAGUCCAGCCAAGCCAGCCAAGAGAGGCUUGGCUUCCUACCGGGGUGACCCCGGCAGCAGCUUGUCCUUCCUGACCGGCUGCCGGCCCACAGGCACCUGUGUGGGCACAAGGGCCUCCAAGGCUGAAGACGGAGAAAAGGGCAGGGAUGGGCACCCCCAGCUCCUUGCCUGUGGGUCCCUGUGGUCUCCGCCUACAGCCCCUGCCUCUCUCAAGGUCACCCUCGCCUCCAGAAAGGUCACUGCCAUGGGGCUUCCUACACCCCGCUCCCCCCUGAGACCCUCAGACGGCCCAACCAGCGUUCUUGUCUCCUGCUGGGAUCUCAGCCACACCAGCCUCUCCACAAGCAGUCCCGGACGAGGUGCGAUGUGUCCCCCGGCCCUCUGCCCCCCAGCCAAGUGCGAGGCCACCCGACCCCCCACCAGCUGUGGUUCCAGCCCACUGGCCCGCCUUCUGGGUUCCCCUUGCCCCCCAGGGCACCCUUCCUUUAUGACUUCACCCACGGAAGUCACCGGACAAUGCUGAACGUUCCACCCGAGCAGGGCCUCCAGGAGGCAGGGCAGCCACCGCCAGCCCAGAGGACUCUGCAGUGCGGGUGCGGACACUGCUGGCCCAUGUCUCACCGGGGUGCAGAGAGCAGCCUCAGAGGCACAGGGUGCUCCCGGCACCAUGGACGAUGCUGCCGUCCUCAAGCGGCGAGGCUACAUCUUGGGGAUAAAUUUGGGAGAGGGCUCGUACGCAAAAGUCAAAUCCGCGUACUCUGAGCGCCUGAAGUUCAACGUGGCGGUCAAGAUCAUCGACCGCAAGAAAGCCCCCACAGACUUCUUGGAGAAGUUCCUUCCCCGGGAAAUCGAGAUUCUGAUCAUGCUGAACCACCGCUCCAUCGUCAAGACCUACGAGAUCUUCGAGACGUCCGAGGGCAAGGUCUACAUCAUCAUGGAGCUGGGGGUCCAGGGCGACCUCCUCGACUUUAUCAAAACCCGGGGGGCCCUGCAGGAGGAGGACGCGCGCAAGAAGUUCCACCAGCUCUCCUCCGCCAUCAAGUACUGCCAUGACCUGGACAUCGUCCACCGCGACCUCAAGUGCGAGAACCUGCUCCUCGACAAGGACUUCAACAUCAAGCUGUCCGACUUCGGCUUCGCCAAGCGCUGCCUGCGGGACGAGGGCGGCCGGCUGGCCCUGAGCAAGACCUUCUGCGGGUCGGCCGCGUACGCGGCUCCCGAGGUGCUGCAGGGCAUCCCCUACCAGCCCAAGGUGUACGACAUCUGGAGCCUGGGCGUGAUCCUCUACAUCAUGGUGUGCGGCUCCAUGCCCUACGACGACUCCAACGUCAAGAAGAUGCUGCGCAUCCAGAAGGAGCACCGCAUCAACUUCCCGCGCUCCAAGCACCUUACGAGCGAGUGCAAGGACCUCAUCUACCGCAUGCUGCAGCCCGAUGUCGGCCGGCGGCUGCAGAUCGAAGAGGUCCUCAGCCACCCCUGGGUGCAGCCCAGGGCCGGGGACCUCAGCAAGGAGGGGGGCGGCCUCCUGGCCCCCGAGGCCCGGCGGACCCCCGAGCCCUCGCGGACUGCCGAGCCCCCUCGGACCCUCGCGCCCCCUCGGACCCUCGAGCCCUCUCGGACCUCGGAGCACAGCUCUGAGAAGUCCACUCUCCCCCCGGAGUCCCAGGAGGAGGCCGAGCCUGAGGAGAUGCCAGAGUCCAAGCCCCAGGAGGAGACGGGGCCAGGGCAGGGCACCGGGCAGCUGGAGCCCAUGGAAAGGCGCUCUCUAAAGCCCCCGCAGAACCCGUGAGCCUCCCCCAGGGCCCAGGGGCUGGCGGGCGGAGGCAGAGACACAAGGCCGUGAUGGUCGACCCCCCAGAUGAGCCACUAUUUUUGUCAAUUUCCCUCCUUCCUCUGAGCAUGCUACAGAAGCAAUAAAUCACUAUAUUGGUCCAUAAACAGGGUGUAGGGUCAAUGAGCUCUAGCCAACAUCAC